AUGGCGCUCCGUGCCGGGGACCCGGAGGUCGGCCUGGAAGGGAGGAGGGCCCUCCUCGGGCAUGAGAGCGGCAGCUGCCUCGUGACCCUCUGGCGUGUCCCUCGCGGGCCGUGCUGGCCACAGAGGCUCCAGCCCUCGGCCAGCUGCCGCCCGCCCGCGGCCUCCCGGGUGCCGGCCGGACUCGCGGAGGUCCCAGUCCAUGGGGAUGCCUGGAGGAGGGACAGCCUGGCUCCCGGCAACCUAGGAAGCCAGGCAGAGGUCUGCGGCUACUGUGACUUGGGUCAGGGCAGCGGCAAAGUGUCAGAGCCGCAGGCUGCUCCCAGCGCCCCGGAGAAGCCGCCCGGCACGGCGAUCCUGUGUAACACCUGUGGGAAUGUGUGCAGGGGCGAGGUGCUGCGGGUGCAGAACAAGUACUUCCACAUCCAGUGCUUCAUCUGCAAAGCAUGCGGCUGUGACCUGGCCGAGGGUGGCUUCUUCGUGCGGCAGGGCGAGUACAUCUGCACGCAGGGACUACCAGAGGCUGUACGGGAACCCGCUGCUUCAGCUGCGACCGCUUCAUCGAGGGCGAGGUGGUGUCGGCUCUGGGCAAGACCUACCACCCGGACCUGCUUCGUGUGCGCUGUCUGCCGGGUUUGUUUUCCACAUGGUCACAUCGGCUGUCGUGUAAUAGCGUCCUCCUUCAACGCUGGACGGUCCCCUCUGUCCCACCCGCUGUCCCUCCCCACGUGGCUCCUGCCUGACGUCGCAGCGCGGCGGGCCCCCCUCCCCAGCCCCACGCCCCUCGCCCGGAAGGAUGACGUCUGUGCUCCGUUCUUUCUUCCAGGCUGCGGGGGCUGCGGAGCCGAGAUCAAGAACGGCCAGUCCCUGGUGGCCUUGGACAAACACUGGCACCUGGGCUGUUUCAAGUGCAAGACCUGUGGCAAACAGCUGAAUGCGGAGUACAUCAGCAAGGAUGGGCUGCCCUACUGCGAGGCCGACUAUCACACCAAGUUCGGGAUCCGCUGCGACGGCUGUGAGAAGUACAUCACGGGACACGUGCUGGAGGCGGGGGAGAAGCACUACCACCCUCUGUGCGCGCUAUGUGUCCGGUGCGGCCGGAUGUUCGCAGAAGGCGAGGAGAUGUACCUGCAAGGCUCCUCCAUUUGGCACCCGGCCUGUCGACAAGCAGCCAGAACUGAAGACAAAAACAAGGAAACCAGGACGUCCUCAGAGAGCAUCAUUUCGGUACCUGCUUCCAGCACCUCAGGGUCUCCGAGUCGCGUGAUUUAUGCCAAGCUGGGCGAUGAGAUCCUGGACUACAGAGACCUGGCCGCUCUCCCUAAGAGCAAGGCCAUCUACAACAUCGACCGCCCUGACAUGAUCUCCUACUCGCCCUACAUCAGCCACUCGGUGGGGGACCGGCAGAGCUACAGCGAGUCCCCCCAGCUGCUCUCGCCAACGCCGCCCGAGGGGGAGCAGGACGACCGCUCCUACAAGCAAUGCCGGACCUCCAGCCCCAGCUCCACCGGGUCGGUCAGCCUCGGCCGAUACACCCCGACCUCGCGGUCACCCCAGCACUAUAGCCGUCCAGCUGGUACUGCGAGCGUCGGUACCAGUAGCUGCCUGUCCCUGUCCCAACACCCAAGCCCUUCUUCCGUGUUCAGACAUCAUUACAUCCCGUACUUCCGAGGCAGUGAAAGUGGCCGGAGCACUCCCAGCCUCUCUGUGCUCUCAGACAGCAAGCCUCCCCCCUCCACCUACCAGCAGGCUCCUCGCCAUUUCCACGUCCCAGACACUGGCGUCAAAGAUAACAUCUAUAGGAAACCCCCCAUCUACAAGCAGCAUGCCGCGAGGCGAUCCGAUGGGGAAGAUGGAGGUUUCGACCCAGAUAACAGGAAGCAGAAGACCAGCUGGCUGAUUCUCAAGGGGGAGGCAGACAGGAGGACCAACUCUCCAGACCUAGACAGCCAGUCUUUGUCCCUCAGUAGUGGGACCGACAGAGGCCCUCCCCGGACGGUGCCAGGGGAUAACUUCUACUCACGGCUUCCCUAUUCCAAGUCUGACCCUGUCUCAGGACAUGGCAAGAAUGGCUUGGACCACCGGAAUGCCAAUGUGGGCCCUGGUGGAGCAGACCCGGAUGCCGGCUGGGGCACGCGAGAAUACAAGAUCUAUCCGUAUGACGCCCUUAUUGUCACAAACCGGAUCCGAGUGAAGCUGCCCAAGGAUGUGGAUCGGACGCGACUGGAGAGACACCUGUCACCCGAGGAGUUCCGAGAAGUGUUUGGGAUGAGCAUGGAAGAGUUCGACCGCCUGGCCCUCUGGAAGAGGAACGACCUCAAGAAGAAAGCCCUGCUGUUCUGA